GAGAAGAACACAAGAGAGGAGGAGUGGAGGGAGGCUAGGCUGGUGGUUUGGUUUAAGUCUUGUUCUGUUCAUGGCAUGCAUUAACAUGUUCAAUCCGGAUCAUCCCAGCCUCCACGACGCGGCGAUGAGCCCGCGCAUGUCGUUCUCGAGCGACUUCAACAUGCAGCCGCCGCCAGCGCGCACCCCUGGCCCGCCGCCGGACUCCGACUUCGAGUUCUCCGUCGGGAGCCACCCUAUGAUGGCCGCCGACCAGCUCUUCUUCAAGGGUCGGCUUCUUCCUCUCAAGGACAACCAUCAAUGCGGAGGCCACAGGAUUACCACACUCCGCGACGAGCUCCGUGCCAACGGCAGCGGGGAGCGGCUGCCUAAGGGGUCCAUCAAGUGGAGGGGCCUCCUUGGGCUCAGGAAGACUGCGGCGAAGAAGGGUGACAAGAAGGAAGACGAGCUCCCGGGCAAGUCUCCACAGGAUCUAUGAAUCCAACGACGACGGUGCCUAAUCUCCGGUCAGGGAGGAGGUGUGCAGUAAAUAGAACGCUUCUGCUUCAUCUCACUCUGAUGCUGCUGUCGUUCGCUUGGGUGAAAAGGUUGUGGAAACUGGGAUUUGAGAGGGAGCUCCUUCGAUUUUUUUCCAAGUUAGCAGGGAUGACCGUGAAGAAACUUUGAGUCGUUCGUGUGGGGUUGGUUGGAUGGCAUUAACUCUUCCAUUAAUCUGUGCUUUGUUCUUUUGGGAAGGAAAUCCACAGUAUUUUCGGACCAGGGUGGUAUUCAGCUGUCUACUUUCCAUAUCAGUUCCAUCUGUACAAAUCUGCGCAGCUGGAAACUUAA